GCACGGUGGUGGGUACGGCCUAGACUCUUUCAACAAACCGUUUGAUUUGGGGAAGGUCCCCAAUAUACAAGAUGGCUGCGCCAGGCGGAAUCCCACCCUCUGUUUUUCAACAAAUGGUAUUGCCUAGACUCCACUUUCCGUGUUGCGCCGGUGCUGAAAUGCAGUAUAGAUGGCCAACGGACCACCAUAUCUCCCAAUGACAUGGGGGAUUGGCGGCAUUCCGAGGAAGAACAUCGACGUCCCAAUCACCUCAGUUUUCCUAUUCCUCUACAUUCUUGCCGCUGUAACACAUAUGGCCCUGUUCCGACUCAAUCAGAGACGGGGCCACAAAUUUCUGAUCUCAAUAUUCUUAUUCGGAUUCUGCAUGGCCCGAGUCGUAACCUGCGUAAUGCGCAUCGCAUCCACUUGCGUCCCACACAACAUCUCCCUUGCUAUCGCGGCCUCAAUCUUUGUUGCAGCCGGUGUUCUUAUAGUCUUCAUCGUGAACCUCAUCUUCGCACAACGCAUCCUCCGCUCCACACACCCACACUUCGGCUGGCAUCCGGCCCUCUCUAUCCUCUUCAAAGCACUCUACGUACUCAUCGGCCUGACAUUCGCAAUCGUUAUAACGGCGACAGUACAAAGUUUCUAUACUAUAAGACCGCGAACCCGGACGAUUGACCGCGAUCUCCAGCUCUAUGCCGCCACUCUUUUAACGACAAUCAGUUUCCUGCCGAUACCUAUCGUUUUAAUCAGCCUCCUCAUACCUCGCAAAUCGCCGCCUGAAAAUUUUGGCACCGGCCGUUUCCGCACAAAAGUCCUCGUCCUGCUCACCAGCACCCUCAUCAUCUGUCUUGGCGCGGCGUUUCGGUGCGGAACAGCCUGGAAGAAACCCGUCCUGAGAACAAAGCCGUUACCGACGUAUUACUCGCGGACAUGUUUCUACAUCUUUAAUUUCGCGGUUGAGAUUGUCGUUAUAUACCUUUACGCUAUCAUGAGGGUGGAUCUGAGAUUCUGGAUCCCGGGCGGUGCGAAGGGCCCUGGGGGUUAUGAGGCUGGACAAGGGACACGGGGCCAGUCGUAUGGUGCGGAUGAGGAGGAGAAGGGGGGAGGGAUGAGGAAGGGCAAGUUUAAGUUUGCAUCCAUUUAA